AAGAUCAGCGUUGAGCGUAUAUCUUUAUGUAAUUGCAUUCUCUGAGCAUAUUAUACACAUAAAUAUAGUCGGCCUGCACGGUAGAUUCAGACAUGGGUAAUGAGGCCAGCCUGGAGGGCGGUGAAGGGGGCACUGUAGUGGGGAUGUCGGUUUCAGCACCGCCGGGCUCUGGACAGCUCAUGAAGCCCGCGAAUGGCGCAGCGGCCGGGGCUGGAGCAUCCCUCGAACACAGGGCGGGAAUGAAUAGGUUGGCUGAAGGGGGAGGGCCACCAUCAAGCCCUAAACUGAGCUAUGGAACUGGAUCAGAUGGUGACCUUGGCGUAGGUGGCAUGCAAGGAAGUGGAAACAAAAAAGUAAUAAAUGAUGGCCCUAGACAUUCCCAGACCUCUUCUACACAUCAAACUCAAAUUCAAGCUUCAUCAGGGGCCAUGGGCCACAACCAAAGCCCUGGACAACACACUUCCAGGCGCAACCUUCAGGUGGACUUCAGUAGCAGUGCUGGGCGAACAGGCUGCUCACAGUCAGUGUCUCCUGAUAGAGCUAGUGCUCCAACUUCACCCUACUCAGUACCCCAGAUAGCACCUAUGCCUAGCAGUAAGCUGUGUCCAGUCUGCAAAACUACAGAGCUGACAAGUAUUAUGUCGCCAAACUCCAACAAGUGUACACAGUGCCACGCUACAGUGUGCAACCAGUGUGGCUUCAACCCCAACCCACACCUUACAGGGGUCAAGGAGUGGCUCUGUUUAAACUGCCAAAUGCAGAGAGCCUUGGGAAUGGAUAUGACUACACCAAGGUCCAAAAGUCAGCAGCAAAUACAUUCUCCCUCUCAUCAUCCUAAGCCUGACCCCAUACCUAAGACCCAAACCUUAGCUCAGUCCACACCACAGCUACAAUUCCAAAUGCAGACACAGCCGAAAAUUCCUCAGCCUCAAACCCAGGCCUCCUCUGGGAUUCAGAGACAGACUGGUCCUAAUGAUCCUAACCAGACUGGACUUCAUAUUGGACCACAAACUGGUCUCCAGGCACAAAAAGAACCACCUCAAUUUGGAUAUUCUCAAUCAGGUCCCCAGUCAGGGCCCAAGGAUACCCAUAGGCAGCGAGGGGAGGAAUUUGGACCAAAAAGCCCUGAAAGGGUGGUCAAAACAGGACAGCGAAUUUCUCAUCCAGGAGCAGUGCCUUUACCUGGAUUAGUUAAGGCACAAUCACAGUCAGAUCUGGGACAUGGAUCUCCUGUGCGCUUUGGAGGUCAACCUGACAAGACCAGAAGUGCCGGAAGCUCCCCAGCCCGUCAACCACCAUUCCAAGAUACACCUCCUCAAGAUGGUUUAACCAAGCUAUUUGGUUUUGGGGCAUCUCUCCUAAACCAGGCAAGCACACUCAUUUCUGUUGACCCUCUUCCUGGAUCCUCACAGCAGCCUUCACCUACCCGUAACCAGAAUGCCCAGGGCUCAAGGGUGGCCUUUAGUAAUGCUUAUACUGGAGCCAGUGUUAAAACUUCAACAGGACAACCUGGUACUGCCAAAAUAGGCCUAGGAGAUGGUAUUUUCCCUAUAAGUCCUGAGGCUUCCCUGCAGAAGCAACAGUCACAAGUGCACCAUCAAAAAGGGUCAAAACAACAGCAGUCACCAACUCAACAAAGGACAACACAACAGCAACAGUCACCACAGAAGCAGCCUCAGCCAGCUAACCAGAAGCCAGACGUUGCCUGCCCACUAUGCAAGACUGCAUUUAACACUGAAUCAACAGAACCACCCAACUACAAGUCCUGCACCCAGUGCGAUAUACAAGUGUGCAAUCUUUGUGGUUUCAAUCCCACUCCUCAUCUUGUGGAGAAGAAAGAAUGGCUUUGUCUGAACUGUCAGACGCAAAGACUGAUGUCUGGUGGGCUUGACCCUCUCCAUGUUCCACAUUCAUCUCCCAACUGCCAAUUAAUGGGCUCAACUAAACAUCAGCCAGUUUUCAUUCAGCAAAAGCAAGGGAACAAGCCAAUAUCACCAAAGCAGAAAUGUCCAUCUUCUGAAAAGAUUGGUCUCUCUGCCUCCAUGGUGAGACCAAGUGAUAUAAAAACUUCUACACAGCCUACCACAACUACAUCAGCUCCAACUUCCACCACUACUACAAUUAUUGUUGAAGAUAAGAGGAAGGAAACCACACCCAAAAUUGAUAAGAAGGCUGACAUUGACAAUAAGGAAAAUAAACAUAAUCAGAAUAAAGAAACAACAGAUCCAAUUCAGACUUCUUCUAGAGAUGAAAAGAAAGAAUUACAGAGGGCCAAAUACUAUGAGGAAACCAAAAACACAAACAGCAACCAUGAUCUAUCACGGAGCCCACAAAGUUUGAGUGACACUGGCUAUUCCUCUGAUGGGAUCUCAAGUACACAUAGUGAGAUCACUGGUCUUAUCCAGGAGGAGGAGCUGAAGAUGAGUGAGAAAAGUCAGACUGGGCACUAUACACCACCAAGCCCAUCAGAGCUGAUUAAGCUGGAGAGCUCCAUGCGACCCCUUCUAGAGUUAAAAGUGUCAUCUGAAGGGGAAAGACUACAGGAUAAGAAGCAAGGAAAAGUGCACCAUGGUGACAUUAGAAAACAUCGGUCUCGUUCAAUAUCAAUUAGUACAGAGGAAUAUGACUAUGAUGAGGAUCAUGAAGGCAUUACAGAAGAGGAAGAAGAUCCAGCUGACUGGGAUGCUAAGCUACAACUCAGAACAAUUGCUGCUUUAGGGGAGAACAGUAGCAAUAUGAAUAAGACCUUUGAAUCAGAAGAGAUUACUGAUGAAGAAUUUAUGAGAAGACAAAUCAUGGAGAUGAGUGCAGAUGAAGAGAACGAGGAUGAAGAAGAGGAAAUGGAUGAAGAGGAAGAUGAUGAGGAUGAAGGCUAUGGCUACAAAAAGCCAAAAAAGACACAAAAGCACAUCAGUGACACAGGAAAAGAAAAGCGCCGUCUCACUUAUCAGUCUAGUAGCUUUGAGGAGGAUAGCAAAACAACAAGUGAUGUAUACAAAGGAUCAGCUGAAGAGGACCUGAUGGCCUCGCAAGGUGGCUUACGAAGGUUUAAGACCAUAGAACUGAACAACACCAACAGUUUUAGUCGAGACAUGGAAUUAAACAAUGACCUAAGUCUGGACCGAGAACCUGAGCUGGAGAUGGAAAGCCUCACUGGUUCCCCAGAAGAACAGUCAAGAGGGGAAUAUUCCACCACCCUCCCACCAACCACCUCAAGCUACACCUCAGGGAUAUCCCCUACUUCCAUAUCCUCCAUGGAAGAUGACAGCGACAGCAGUCCUAGCCGCAGGCAGCGACUGGAGGAGGCAAAGCUGCAGAGGAAGGCCAGGCAUCGCUCCCAUGGCCCCCUAUUACCCACUAUUGAGGAUUCUUCAGAAGAAGACGAACUGAGGGAAGAAGAAGAACUCUUGAGGGAGCAGGAAAAGAUGAGAGAAGUGGAACAACAGAGAAUACGAAGCACUGUCCGAAAAACAAAACGUGACAAAGAAGAGCUAAGAGCACAAAGACGCAGAGAACGGUCCAAAACUCCCCCCAGCAAUCUAUCCCCUAUUGAGGAUGCUUCUCCAACAGAGGAACUGAGACAAGCAGCUGAGAUGGAGGAACUCCAUCGAUCGUCCUGCUCAGAAUACUCUCCUUCAGCUGACUCAGAUUGUGAGGGCUAUGAAAUGUCAUCAAAGCUGUACAAAUCUGGCAGUGAAUACAACCUGCCAACAUUUAUGUUACUUUAUUCUCCUACUGAAAAACUACAAACUACAUCUUCAACAGCUACCAUAACUACUUCCUCUAGUGGCAAACAAUUAAAAAGUGCAGAAGAAGUAUAUGAAGAGAUGAUGAGGAAAGCAAAGGUACUACAGAAACAACAGAAGCUGCAGCAACAGCAGCAGUCAGGCGCAGGCCAGCAGUACAGCACAAGCUCAUAUCAAGAGUCAGACAUUAGAAACAGACAGGAGUAUGACGAUAAGUACGAUUAUACUGAUCAAGAUGAUAUCAACUUUGACAAUGAAGAGACCGUGGAUAUCUAUGAAGAGAUUCGCCAGACUUCACAAAACAUUUCAAAGCAGCUUGAUGACCAAAUGGAGAUGGAUAAUUCCUACUCAGAAAAGCAUUUACUAGAUACAGGCUCAGCUUUUGCUAAGUUGAUGGAACAAAGCAAUGCUUUACUGACUCCUGGCACAAGCCCUACCCAGCUCUCAGCACCAGUAUCAUUUUCUGAGACUGGGACAGGAGGACGGAUUCCUGAUGUCAGAGUAACUCAACAUUUCUCUAAAGAUGGGCCCAAAGACAGAAUUCGACAUCAAAAUGGUAAAAAUCAUAUUACACCAGCAGCUGCUGCCACAACUAUUGCUACUUAUGGAGUGUAUUCCAGGGAUACUGUCACUGUGUCUCCAACUAGCGCCAGUCAAACUGUGUCCACUACACAACCUUAUAUAUAUAGUCAGCAAACAGGGAACACUUCUGUAACCACGACUAGUAUUUCAAAUGUGAUUCAUAAAAUAACUGCAAUCACUCAGGCUUACAACCAAAGAGAUUCUGUAAGGAAAAUGGAAAUCAGCAAAGGAGUCAAAAUGAGAGAUAUUGCAACACCAUCAGAAACUAUCAUUGAAUCUGGCACAGGUUCAGUUAAAGGUUAUACUUACCAUGAAAUGAGUCCACCUCUUUCUUCCAUUUCCUCUCCUAUUCAUAGUCCAACAAGGUCCCCUUCUAGGAGAACGGCUGAGCUUUCAACUCAAACUGUUAGCCCUUCAUUAUUAGUUUCCCAUGUACAUGCUUCUCAAACCUCUCCAGUUAUGGCACAGGGCACUCAGACUCCAAAUAGGGUUAUCUCAUCAUCUUUUUUUAGACAACAGUCCUCUCAUGAUACGCCUUUCAUGAUGAGAACAGCAGAGUUUGAACACACUAACCCACCAAAGCCAAUUACAGUUAAUACAGCUACAUCUCCAUUGUCUUCACCAACAAGGUUUAGCCGCCAGUCAACAUUUGAUGCAGACUCACCUCCUGUCAGCCCUCCUGAAACUCCAACACAUCAACAAUCAGCUCAGCAUGGUUUCUACAAGAGCUUAAAGGCUGAAAAAGUUAAUGUUGGAACAAGCAUGGUAACCACUGCUAGCAUGUAUGCACAUGGAUCAGUGUCAAUGGAAAACAUAUCAUUUUGUCACAUUUCAACAGUUCCUGGUACCUCAAGAAUUGAGCAAGGACAAAGAUUACAGAGUGGGAGUUUAGUGGAUCUAACUGCCAUAAAGCCAACACCAGUUAUCAUAACUGACCAAGGAAUGGACUUGACUUCCUUGGCAACAGAAUCCAGAAAGUAUUCUGGCAGUGUUGAAGGAAGCCCUAUUCGUCAAUCCACAACGAUUCAACCCUUAAUAAUGAACUUGAAUACACAGGAGCAGCUGCAUGUUGUGACCCCAACGGCAACUACCAUCAGUGUUACAGUAGCUGCUUCUAUGUUCAUGUCCCAGCCUAAGCAGACUGUACUAUAUUGUGAUCCUCUUGAAAACAGAGUUGAUUUGGGCAAAGGCAUGGGAAAAGUAGUUUGCCUUGCACCAAACAAACCAGAACCAACUGAUCCAUAUAUACCACAGAUUGAUGCCAAGUUGGAAGACCUGAGUAUCCAGCAACAGCAGUUACUUAAACAGCAGCAGAAGCUUCAACAGCAACAGCAAAUUCUUGAGCAACAACUUCAGCAACAUCAUCAGCUUCAACAACAACAAGCUGUCUCUUUUGCAAAGUAUAACUCAUCCAGCCAUCUUCCUUUAUUUAAAAAGGACAUGCUUGUCACUCAGAAAAGCACUGCCACAGAGGUUAAUGCCAGCUCUCCAGCUAUAGCCUCUGAAGAUUAUAGUGUUGCAGGCCCCCUUGAGUUAAGGAGGAAGCAACCAGAGAUCAUGAAUCUAACAAAUGUCAAGCCACAUUUCAUAAUGGUUCAGAUGGAUGGUGCUGCGCAAUUAGCUACCGUCACACAACUCAUCAAAUCAGAAGAAGACCAUGGUGCAGUGGAUCUAACAGGGCAAAUAAAAUCAGAUAAUCAAGUGACUUGUUGUAAUAUGGUUUAUAACCUGCCCUUUGGUGGCAGCUGUGUGGGUGGUCCAUUCUCCCAGAAACCAGUCACAGAUGAGACUACUAAGCCAUCAUCAAGGGCACCUUCUGUACUACCACAGCUCUUUCAGCAACUUGAUUUGCGGCAAGACGGAAAGACAUACCAAGAUUAUGACAUUAAAUCAUACACAUUGCCUCUCCCAAGACGGCUUCAGCCAUCAAUGUCUGAAAAGAACCUUGCAGAGGUAGGGUUGUCAUCAUAUUCAGAAAAGCUUGAUCCCCAUGUCCAAGCCUCACAAUUAUCCACUGACACUAUAAAGCAUUGCUAUGAAAGAGGAUACCUUGGAAUGGGACUUCAAUAUGGUUCCUACACAGAUCUUCGUCAGGGUGAUGUUGCAGCUCUACCAAUUAGGAGGUACAGCUCACUGUCCAACAUCAGCACAGAUUAUGGAUAUUUCUCAGGUGAUUUUGCUGAGUCUAAUCUUGCCCAGUAUAGUGCUACAACUGCCAGGGAGAUAAGUCGUAUGUGUGCCGCUCUUAACUCCAUGGAUAGAUAUAGUAGCAACCCAGACAUUCUGCAACUGAGUACUGGAGGAAGCAGUGGUCCACCUGGUAGAAUUAAUAUGUUGCAAGGUCCAAGACCUAGUUUUAAGUACAGUACAGAUGUUAAGCCUCUUUCCCAUAGCCAAGCUCUAACUGAUCUCAUCAAUGCAAGACAAGACAGUCUUCGAGCUAUGUAUCCAUCAGCUAUUAAAUCAGCUGAUGGUAUGAUCUAUUCAACUAUAAACACACCCAUUGCAUCCACAGUUCCAAUUACUACACAGCCUGCUUCUGUGCUGCGGCCUUUAUUAAGAGGGGCAUACAGACCAUAUCCUGCACCAAAUAUGACACCAGUACCUCUGGCAAGCCUAACCAGAUUGCCAGUAGCUCCAAGGACAGGACAGACUCCUUUCCAAUAUUCUACACCUAAUCCUCUCUCUGUUGCAACUUCUACAAAAGUGAUUGAGUCUCCUGCUAUCACAACAUCCCAAGAUACUCCAUUAUACCUGGGCAAGUCUCCAGUAAGCUUAUCAGCAGCUGAGACAGUAACACAACCAAUUCAGCCCUAUCCUUUACCUGAUGGCCCUACCUCUGUUCCUGUUUCAACUCAAAUGACCCAACCUGAAAUCCAGUUGCAGCCAAUAAAUCUAUCUAAGGCCCACCUUCCAGCCAAGGCUACUACCCAGCCUCUUAUACAACACCAAAUACCACAAGCUAAAUCAUCUGCUCAUUCCUAUUCUCCAAUGCAUUGUCACCCUACUGCUCAGCACAAAACACAGCCACCCUCAUCAACUGAAGCUGGUACAGCUACUGCUCUCAGUCUUGCUCCGAACCAAGAAAAAGAAACAGAUGAAAGACUACAUCAACAGCAGGAACAGUUUUUGCAACUAGAAAGAGAGAGAGUGGAGCUGGAAAAAUUGCGACAGCUCAGGCUUCAGGAAGAGCUUGAGCGGGAGUGUGCUGAGUUGCAAAGGCAUAGAGAAAAAGAGCACAUGCUAGUGCAGCGAGAGAUUCAGGAAUUACAGACUAUAAAGCAACACGUUUUGCAGCAGCAGCAAGCUGAGAGAGAAAGCCAGUUAGUCCUGCAAAGAGAGCAACUAGCUCAACAAAAACAGCAGCUUGACCAGAUACAGUCUUUGCAACAACAGCUACAGCAGCAACUUGAGGAACAAAAGAGACAGAAGACUGCAACUGUUGUUUCUGCAGCCAAUGCAAAUUCCCUCAGUGACCAAGCUAGCAGAAUAAUUCAGUCACAGGAACUGGCCUCAGAUGUGUUGUAUAGUGAUGUUCAAGUUUUCUUAAGAACACUGCCCAACUCUGCUUCAGAGAUGUGCUUGAGAAAUUGUGAUGAUCAGACAGAAAUUAGGUCUAUGCGUAAACAAAGAUCUAUGCCUCGUCUACAGGAUGGAACUGAGGGAGAAGUGACAAUGUUCCCUUUGCCUCAGAGACUAAAAGACAGUAGUGUGCAAACAGAUGAUGAAGAUGGAGAGGAGAGGUACCUGGUGUCUAGAAGAAGACGGACUAGGCGCAGUGUGGACUGCAGUGUUCAGACAGAUGAUGAUGAAGAUAAGGCAGAGUGGGAGCAGCCAGUGAGACGGAGACGCUCCCGUUACUCCAGACAUUCUGGUGAAUCUGGUGUAGACCAUAAAUCCGAAGUGCCUCCAUUUACUACUUUAUUUGCUAAAGCUGCAUCUUCCAGCAUUGCCAUUCAAACCAUUCAAGACUGCUCUUGCCAAACAGAAACAGAUAGAGUAUCGCCAAGUAUACAUGUCACUAUGCCUGACCCCAGCAAGGUUGAAAUUGUCCACUAUAUUUCUGGUCCUGAGAGGACACAAUUGGGUCAAAGCUUAGCGUGUCAAACUGACCCUGAGACCCAGUCUCAAAGGAUAGUUGUUCCACAGAUAAGCACCGCUACCACUGUCAGUCCCACCAGUGUCCAGUUAGUCGGUUCUACAGAUACAUUCUCUCUGGGUCAACAGAGUGUUAUAAAGUAUGGGAGACUGAGACCUGAUCCUUUAGAGUUUGGCUACCAGCAGCAUCACAUGCGUAAUGAGUCUUUGUCCAGCUUGAUCCGGCAACAACCAAAAUCGCCACAGGUGCUGUAUUCCCCUGUUUCUCCUCUUUCAUCUCCACAAUGCAUCAUAGAAACAUCAUUCUCUUCUAGUGAGAGGCUGAAUAAAGCCCAUGUCACCCCGCAGCAGAAGUCCUGUAUUGUUGAGCCACCACAGAGACAUCAGGCCCUUCCCCGGCCAAUGAAGAAUAUCCAAAGAUCUAUGUCAGACCCUAAAUCUCUCAGUCUCACUACAGAUGAAACUACAAAGGCUAGGAUUUCCCUUUAUCAACAUCAAGCUCUUCAGAGUCAGCUGGCAGCCCUGCAGCAGAGCUCACUCUUAAGGAAGGUGAAAAGGACCUUGCCCAGCCCUCCACCAGAGGAAAUACAACUGCCUUUGGUCACCCCUAACCUAUCCCAAAUGUUUGUGCCCUCUUUGCCUUCUCUGAAAUGUGGUUCCCGCUUGGCUGCAAAAGCCAGUCUCCUAAAGGACCUGACCCAUGAGCUGAAGGCUGUUGAACAGGAAUCUACAAAGCUACGUAAGCAGCAGGCUGAGUUGGAGGAGGAGGAAAAGGAAAUUGAUGCCAAGCUUAGAUACUUGGAGUUGGGCAUCACACAGAGAAAAGAAACAUUGGUCAAGGAGAGAGAGAGGAGAGACCAAGCAUACCUGCGCUGCAUGGGGGACUCUCGAGACUAUAUGUCAGACUCUGAGCUUAACAACCUUCGUCUGACAUCUGCGGCCACAUCCUUUGAGAGCAAUGGGCUAUUGACCAGACCAAGCAUGGCACCACUCAGCCAGUUUACUUGUGAGCUGAACACUGCUGCCCAGUUUCCCCCCACAUCUUCAUUUAUGUCGUACCAGUACCCACAAAGUUUUCCAACAGCACCUACCCCGCAGGCCUCAACAUUGCAGAGCUCAAUUUUUAACCAACCUCCCUAUCCAUCAGUCACCCAAGCCCAAGCUCUCCCCCAGCCCACCAUGUUGCAGACUUAUCCAAUCCUAUCCUAUCAGGUCCAAGGGGCUUUCCCUUCCCAGGGCUUCCCCCAGAGCCAACCUCCAUAUCCAACAGACAUUUCAGUGCCACCUCCAACACAGCCAAGCCAUCUAGAGUUCCAGCCUACCCUACCACCUCCUGGUCCAAAUGCUUUUCCAACCCAUAGUACACCAUACCCAAGCCAGGCACCCCCCUACCCAGUCAGUCAAGCAAGCACUUAUCAGCCACAAACAGACAUGCUCCCUUUUCACCAAAAGCCACGACAGACAUCCCUUGCCGACCUUGAACACAAGCUGCCCACUAAUUAUGAGGUUAUAAACAAUCCCACAGUCAUAGUAACAACCACCCAAGAUACAAGUUACAGCCAGUCUGGUCUGGGUCCAUCUUAUGGCCAAUAUAGCACAAAUAUGCCAAGCACUUAUUCUCCGUACUCUGUUUCUGUUUCAAAUACUUAUAGUGGGACUUUAACAACUCCAGCAACCUCUGCUUAUGGGCCAUACACAACAAUCUCAUCCAGUAGUUAUGGGCAGUACACAACAACUUUUGCAAAUACUUAUGGACAUCCAGUAACUACAACUAGUUCAUAUGGGCAAUAUAACACCACUGGUACCAACACAUAUGGACAGACAACACUAUCUGACCAUAUGCACCCAGUGGACAGCCCCUUUAUGUACAGCAGUGAAGGCCUAUAUGGAUCCUCCAACCUAGAGCAGAAUGUCCCAAGGAAUUAUGCCAUGAUCGAUGACAUAUGUGAAUUGAACAAAGAGGGUAUGGGCACUUCAGACUUACAUCGCAAUGAGGGUCAUGGGCGCUACGGAAGCGAUGGACUUCACGCUCGAGGGGGGAGCUCCUUUGGCAGACCAGAGGAUGAACGUGAUGCAGAUCUGUACAACCAACACCAUGGCAGGGGUAAGAGCACCGGCAGCUACCAAGCACAAGGGGAAAAUACGCAUGGCCGGGAGGUGGGAAGCAGUAGCGUGGGUGGGGGAUCAUCAUAUUACUUUGAUGACUACAGACACUCAGCACCUACACGAGCAGCCCAGAGGCUCUUCUCAAAGAGCCUGUGCCCUCCAGCCGUCAUGUCCUCCAGGAAGAGCAAACAUCGUAAACAAGUCAUUGAGCAGAAGAUAUCCAAGUUUUCCCCAAUUGAGGAGACUCGUGAUAUGGAGGCUGAUCUGGCCUCUUACACCAUAAACGCCUCUACAACCAGUGGUUAUGGCUCAGGUUCUCAUGACCAUAAACUUCAAGAUGAUGUCUAUGGGCUACGGAGUGCUUAUAAUCCACAAUGGGGCUACUAUAAUGAUGAACGUCUCUAUGGCCAUGGCAGGUCUCGUUCAACCGGUUAUGGCAUGGACAAAAUUUCAUCUUGUGAGAGGGGCUACAGAAGCAGGUCAUUUGAACGAGACUGUACAGACCGGUCAUACAACAGCAACUAUGGCCACAGUGUGCGCCCUACUUUGCGUUCUCAAUAUUCAGAAAAAGAGAGCUCCCGCCUCAUGGCAAAUCUCAUUGGUGUUGGCAGGGCCUUCAACUAUCCAUCAAAUUCAUAUGGUUCAAGUCACUCACUUCCUGAUGUGCAGGACCAUAUUCGAGACCUGCCUCGGACCCAUGUCUACAAACCAGAUGAUAUGUAUAUAAUUGAUGAUAUGCAUUGUGCUGUUUCUGACAGCGAAGCUUACAAUCUUGGUCAAGAGGAGACAGACUGGUUUGAGAAGCCACGUGAUGUUCGUGGUUCCCGUCACUAUGGCAGCAGUGGUCAUUCUGGGAGGCGGGGCCAUGUCAAGCACACAUACCAUGACUAUGAUGAGCCACCAGAAGAUCUUUGGCCACAAGAUGAUUAUGGCCAUACCCAUCACACAUCCUCUAGAGAGCACCGCCACCAUGGCAGUGGGAGUUCUGGUAGGCACUCCUCCUCACGCCACUCAGAUGAGCUUCGUUCCUCUCGAUCAUCACGUUCCUCUAAGGAUCCAUCCAUGCGGCAUGACUCCCGCUCCUUGUCAUCUUCAGGGAGAAGGGGAGAGUCUCGCUCUCAGGGCUACAACUCUUCAGAUUAUUCCCGUGACACCUCAGGCCACCAACAUAGCUCCCGCUCUGGAAAACAGUCCUCCCACCAUCAGGGGUCCUCCAGCAGGAAGCAACAGGACCACCCCUCUUCCUCCAGGCAGCCAGGAUCUCUCGGACCUGGACAGAAGGGUCCAGGUGGAACUUCAAAUUCAAGCAGACAAGCUAGUUCCCAGCCACCUGUUGAUGGGCAGCAGCAAGGCCAGCGGACACAGCUCCAACAGCAGGCACAGGCAUCAACUGCCAGACCAGGGCCGCAGACAGCUUCCACAGGCACAGCACAACCACAGCUAGUUCAAGCCCAGCAACUACAAGCCAAACCUGUCCAGUCUGGGCCAUUGGCUCGCCAACCUAGCUCAGCAGCACAGACAAAUACAGCAGCUGUAAUCACUCCGGAACCAGAGCCUGCCACUGCUAUUGGAGCAAAAGCAGUCCCCAUUCACCCUGCCAAAACCGCACAACCCCCGCUCACAGGAAUAGGUUCCAAGGCUGCUCCAAGGCCUGGUGGAAUAGGCAGUGCUGCUGCAGGUCAACCAGGUGUAGAGGGAGAAAGCAUGCUGUCUAAAAUUUUGCCUGGAGGGGCUGCCGAGCAGGCUGGCAAAUUAGGAGAAGCCAUCUCUGGAUUUGGCAAGAAAUUCACCUCCUUGUGGUGAAGUAAUACAACUGAAGAUGUCGUCGAAAGGCUUUGCACUGGAAAAACCUAUGAAGUUUUCUUUUAUGUUUUAAUCUAAAGAGAAAGAAAAGGCCAUUCGUGAAACAUAGAGAGGGAGAGAAACAAUCUGGUUGUUCUGCCAAACAGGAAUGGAAUCACAGGACUUCACCAACUCAAGGUCUGGGUCAUGAUUCAAGAGAGACAACACUGUUCCCUCUGGAAGCCAGACUUUUUUUUGGAAGCUCUGAAUCCAACAGAACAGCCAAAGAUAUUAACAGCCAACUUUGACAACUCCAGCUCCAAACAGCAUCCACCACCUGACCUACAGAAUACAGUACAUGACGACAGUGGAGAGCAAUGACAAUAUAUACAAUAUUAACACAUUCAACAGAUCAAAUGUCUGUGUAGCUUGAUUAUCCUCAAAUGACCUUGUUACUAAAGUGUAUUUCUCAAAAAAAAGUUCAGAUAUUUUCAGUCAAAGAGGCACAGCGAGUAACUAGCAAAGAACUGUGAUUCCAGAUUUCUCUUGUUACUUUGGGAAACAUAAUUCACUCCCCUCUCAGGAAUGGAAGAAAUAGCAAUGUUUGAACAUUUAGCAAAACUUCAUAGGUUUUUCCUAAAAUUAGUAAAAAUAAUUCUUAUUUUUCUUUCAACUGAUAACAUUUAGACAAGAAAAAAAGAAAAGAAAAACAUGAACAAAGUUAUUAAAAUGUGUCUCUAUGCUAAGUCCUUUAACUCAACAUUGCAGAAUGGAAAAAAAUGCUGUUGUUUUUAUUUGUUUUUGUUUUCUUUCUCCUUCCUUUUGCUAUGUGCUUUAAAAGUGUAAAGUGGACUCGAAUUGCAUGGAAUCCAAGACCUAAUACUGUUCAGAAUAUCAAUGAGAGUGAAAAUAAGGAUUUGUUUUUACACUGGAACAGAGGGAAUAUAAAGAAGAAGACAUAAGGAAUUCUAGGAUGAGCCCAAAACAUGAGACUGACAUCAUUACUAAACAAUAAUUUGGAUUUUUGGAAACAUUUACAGGUUCUGACCUAUCAGGUCUUAUCUAUUCUUCAUCUGUUCCAAGGCAUUGUCUGUUCCAGACUGAAGAUGGUAUUUUUACAACCACCUUACGAUAUUGGCAGUUGUAGGUGUUUAUUUAUUUUUUGUUUGUUUUUGUUGUCCGAUUGACAUAUUUUUCUAUUCACAAUCGAUAUAUUUUUUCGCAUUGUUUGUACAUAGAAAUAAAAAAUACAGACUAAAAAGUUUAAUUCUAUUUUUGAAUUAAAAUCUUUUAUUAUUAUUAUUAUUAUUAUUAUUAUUAUUAUUAUUAUAGCUGUAUAACUGUUUUAAGUUUAUUAAUUUGUUCAAUGCGGUUUUGAAGUCAUUGUUACGGUUUUACUUGUUUAACUUUUUUUUUGGAGUUUAUAAGUUUUAUAUGUAUAAAUAUAGAUCAAAAGCAAUAGUGGAUGGUGAUCAGUAAAGAGCACAAUUGUUAGAUGUUUUACAAUAGUGAUAAGGAAAGUGAUAUUUGUCUGUAAAGCUGUAACAUUACUGUAGGGUUCAGGAUCACAGUCUAUGAAGUCAUUAUGAUACCCAUUAUGAUACAAAGUGAUACAGAGUCUCUUAAUGUAAUAACAAUUUAGGUGUCAAAGCCAUGAUAUGUUUUAAAAGAUUUUUAAACUAAUUGUAAUUAGUAAAAAAACAAAAACAAAAAAACAAGGGAGUUGCUUAGUGGAAUGUUGGAACUUGUUACAAGUUAAGUAGAGAUUGCAUGUUCUGAAAAAAAUUCUUAAUAAUGCUUUAUGUUCUAAUGAUUUGUGUGAAUGAUUUUUGAUGUAAGUAUACAUCUAGAUUUGUUAUCAUUCCAAAAAAUUUCAAGCAACAUUUAGACAAAAAAGAAAAAUAGUUGGAGGCAACUUUUUCAGACCUUCUAUGCAAUGAUCUUCUUGCUUGAAAAAAAUGGUUGUCAGAGUAUUGAGACAAAAAAAUAACUAGUCCAAGAAUAGUUGGGUAGUAGUUUAAUAUUAUGUUAUUUAGGUGACUGAUUUGUUUGUAUGUCAAAAACUAUAAUGUAAAUAAUCAAUCUGGAUGGAACUUUUGUUUCCCCAUAUUUGUGGCAUGCUUCCCGUUGUGUGGCAUUUUCUUAACACUUUUGGCAUGGAGCCAAUUAGCAAACAAUUAGCUAUAGAAAUUAACAAAGUACAACCAUUUUUCACCAUCCACAGAUGAUUGUUGUAAGAUGGAGGUCAUAUGAAGGGUGUUACCAUACUGGAUGACGCUUAGCUGCCUGUUGGUGCACUAAUUAUUAAUUGGAAAUGGCAAAAUAGACAGUGUAUCACAAAUUAGGUUAAAAAUAAAGCUGAUACAAAGAAUUAGAUGAGCCUUAUAUUAGAGAUAUUUUUAUGAAAUCCUAAAUGUUUACGUAACAAAAACAAAGUUUUGUGUUUUAAUUCCAUGCACACUGAUCUGGUCUUAAAUUAUAGUUUCUGUUCUUGCCCUAUGACAUAAUUUACAGGCCAUACGAAAUUGUGCAUAAUAUUACAGUUUGCAUAAUAUUAUAAUGUACAUAAUAUUACGAGUGCAAGAUCUAGUAGGACAACUGAAAGAUAUUUUCCAAAUUUUUGGACCUCUCACUGCAGUAACAUAUCUGU